GAGCUCUGUGGCCAGGCACUGCAAAAGCAGUCAAAAAAAGAAAAGUAGGAAGCAUCCGAUUUUGCUGUCUGUUUGCCUGCUGACCACGUUUCAAGAGGCGCAAGCACCUGUGAACAGAAAACACCUUGAGAAUGACAAGGAAGAUCUUCACCAACACCAGGGAACGAUGGAGGCAGCAAAAUGUCAACAGUGCCUUUGCCAAGCUGAGGAAACUCAUUCCCACCCACCCACCAGACAAAAAACUGAGCAAGAAUGAGACACUCCGGUUAGCUAUGAGAUACAUCAACUUCCUUGUCAAGGUCCUGGGAGAGCCAGGCCUGCAGCAAACGGCAGUGGCAGCACGGGGCAGCAUCCUGGGGUUCUUUCAGCAAGCCCCACACUUGCAAAGCAUGGAAGAGCUGACACUGAUUGAAAACUGUGGCAUCUCCUCUCCUGGCAUGAGCAGCAAUAUAGUAGAGUGUUGGUCAGAGACCUCAUCUACCUAGCAGACAAUGAGACAUGCAGGCUUGGUGUUAGUCUGAUAGUCCCCCUCUUUUUGCAGAAUCUAUGGGCUGCUCCUCUAUGUAUUGUGAUUAUUUAUUUAUAUUUAUUACUGUUUUAUUUGGUACACAUUUUUAUUUAAUAGGAAAGGAAAUCCUUGGUCAGCCAACAACCUGGAAGACCAGACAGUGAACUUGUAGCCUGUGGGACCUUGGAAAGACUUGCUGCUGUCACAGCAGAGUCCAAUCCAGGAGGGCUUUCUGCCUUGACCUCUUCCAUAAAUUAGGCCACAGAAAUUCAUCCAGUGUUUCUGCCAGGGAAAGAGAUUAUUCUCCCAUGCUGUUUCAAGGAAAUACUACUGAGCUCAAGAAUUAUGACUGCACCACAAAAUUUGUCCAAGACGGGCAUCUGGCCUCAGUAGUGAUUUUGAGAUUUUGAGAGAUGUGGUAUUUGCCACUCCUCCACCAGUGGUUCCAGGGGUUAAUUGCACUCACAUGUGAGCCUGUGAAUCUUAUUUCCAGCUUCAUUAUUUUUUGUUGUUGUUCUUUUUUCUAAAAAAUACGAGUCCUAGCCCUUGAACUUGCCUACAUCUCUCUCCAUCAGAAUGGAGGGAUCCCUAGUGUCAGAGCAAAAUGCUAUUAAACAAAAUUAAACAUUAUGUUAAAGCCAAAAUGCCAAUUAAAAUAUAAGAAGACAUAGUCAUAGAUGAGUUUCAGUGGGUUCAAUAGGCAGAGUAAACCUCCUCUGCAGUGGCAGUGUGCAUGUGAAGGAAGCUGGUUAGCUAUGCUUCAGCUCCCUUAAAAGCCCAUCAAACAGGUUGGUGGCAAAAUGUCUUUAUUCUUCAACAGCUGUAGUAAUGGGGGAGGUCUUGUUUUGGGGCAGAGGUCCCAGGAGAGAGGCUCCAAUAACACACUGUGAAAACCUUCAUGGAAACACCAGUGAGCAGUGCCCCUUCCAGUGCUUGGGUGCAGAAGCAGCUGGAGUGUGUCUGGGCCUAGCAGAAGGUGCUGAGGAUGCACCACUGGUCCACUGUGGUGCCCUUUUGGCACAGGGCUGUGUGCCACGGGUCUUGGGAAUCAAGUUCCUGAACAAGCAGCUUUUGCUGCUGUGGGGGGCAGAACCAAGCUGCACAUGUCCUUGCUGUCACCUGUAAGACCCUGGUGCUGCAAUGCUGGGCUGCGUGCAGGUUGAUGACGGCCCUGGGUGGGGUACCAAGACCAUGGACAAGACUAGGGGCACGCUGCCUGUGUACUUAACUGACUGUCUUUAUGCUCCCUGCUUUUGCCUACUGUAGUUGAGGUUCCUCAAUCUGGACAUUAUUCUAAAUGGGCUGAUGGAGCAAGGACAAAGAAAUUGGUGUAAAUGUCUUCCACUUGAUUCAGUGGGUCAGUUCCCUGUAAAGAAUGCCAGCCACCAUGCUGUAGGUGUUUAGAUGAUGAACAGGAUAAAAAGAGUUUUCAUGAAUGUGACCACUGUGAGUUGCUGCCCACAAAUCAAUUUAAUUUCCUGAUUGAGUUACAUAACCUGUGUUAGCAAAGGCCUGGACUGCCCAUGCAAGUUACGAAGCUUCCUAGAGCAACAGAAAAAAGUUCUAAGUAGAACUGCUUCCCGGUCAGACCCUGCUUUCACUGACAAAGGUCCUUUUGAUUUCCAUGUGGACCAAAGUACAUGUCAAUGCUUAGAAAAGACAGCUACUCACCACUGGUGAAGCAAUGGAGCUCCCAUGUGCCAAGGUGUGUCCCUGGUCUGUUUGUCUACUCAUGAGACAAUGAGUUGCCUUCAGGAAGGAGAGAUAGAGUUUGUGCAUGUAAUAUGUACAGUCCUUCUGCAUGAGGGGAUUUAGCACCCAAAGCUAAGCUGCCUUUAAAGUCGCACCAGCCACCAGGUUCACCAAAGAAGCCAGAGCUGGUUCCUGCUAAGUGUAUAAAAAGCUGAAAGGGUUCACAGUGAUUUCAUUGUGUUUCUGAACACUGCUUACCCCUGCAUUUCUGAGUUGCCAGUUGCACUGGAGAGCAGCUGAGAGGACACACACUAGGAGUGUUUUGCACAGUUCAUGAAAUCAGUACUGCUUUCUCCUGCCUCUGCCCACUUUAAUGUUACUGAAUGGAGUCACAGCUUCUUCUGCAUAGCACCUCAAAUGUAAUGAGCCAAGUCCUCCUCCUAGCUUUCUGUUGCCUUGCUGGGAGUUACAGCAGGAUAAAUCAGUCCAAAUAAAUUAGAGCACUUACUGGCAAGGUGUGGUGAUGCUAUUUGGUCUACCAGUCACUUCCUAUCAUAGGAAACACAUGUCACCAAGGCAAGCCACAACAUCUUGUGAGCAGAGUUACUGUUCAGGGAAGCAGAAAGAAAAACUGGCAUUUUUUAAAGUGAUACGCUUGUUAUAUUUUCUAUCUGAAAAAGCUUCCCUUCUUCUUAUUGAUUUAGUUCAUAUCAGCACUUUUCUUUGUUCUCCUUUCAAUUUAGGAGCUCCCUAAUCUCAUGUACAGCAUAUAUUUCACUAGAUCUACCUACCAAAGACAUUUUGUUUUUGUCACGUUUCUUCUGUGUUUUGUGGAUUUCUUAUCUGUAUGAUCAUGAACAAAUAAGGUGUAACUGAUCACAUUUUGUGCUAUAUGAUGUUAUUUAACAUCUAAUAUAUUCCAAAUAAAUUAUUUAAGAAACUAAUCUUUGUCUUUUAAAAUGUCUCUAAAUUUCGUUUUACAUUUGCAUACCACUUGGUAGAGGAUACCAAAAACAUUACAAUGUAAUUUCCAGUAGAGGAUUGUUCUACUGUUCAGCGCUCAAUGCAAGAGUCUUGAUGUUAGAAACAACAUUUUCAUAUGAUAAAAAAUGACAGGAAUUCUUUGUUUAUUAUGAUUUCUUACACUUUUGAGUUGAAUUGUAUUUCAGUCUACAUGCUA